CCUGGCUUAUGUCUGUUUUUCUUUAUAUGUCUGGAAAGUUCUCUGCUCGCUGUUAAGCUUAGCUUGUUGUCGUUGAACGACCAGGCUAUACGAAAACGUGGACUUCAACUUUCCGCGUCCAACGCGCAUAUUCCGCAGGUACAGAAUAAGUCGAGUUUCUGCGUGGUGUGGUCUUUAUUUACACAGUUAUACACAAGUGAGUAAAUUCUAGCUCGUGCGCCUACCUCGUUGAUCAGUGUUAGUUAAGCUAGUUGACGCAGUCAACUCGACGAUUAUUUUUUACAGCCGCUGCUGUUAACCAGUAUCACUUUGUACUGGUCUGUGGUACUGUAGCUUGUAUAGGGUUAAAAAAAACACACACACAAUAGGGAGAAGACUGACGGCACAAUGACUGCAGAGGAGCAGACAAGUGAAGGACAACACGCCAUCGCAAUGGAAGGAGAAGAUAUUACACCAAAUCACGACGGGGGCGUUUUAAAGUUGGUGAAGAGGGAAGGCACAGGCACAGAGCUGCCUAUGACUGGUGACAAAGUGUUUGUACAUUAUGUGGGCACACUUCUGGAUGGUACUCAGUUUGACUCGAGCAGAGAUAGAGGAGACAAGUUUAGUUUCGAACUGGGCAAAGGUCAGGUAAUAAAGGCGUGGGACAUCGCUGUAGCUACGAUGAAAGUCGGGGAGUUGUGCCAGAUCAUGUGUAAGCCAGCAUAUGCUUAUGGGAGUGCAGGGAGCCCACCCAAGAUACCCCCCAGUGCCACUCUGCUGUUUGAGGUGGAACUGUUUGAAUUCCGAGGGGAGGACAUAUCUGAAGAUGAGGAUGGAGGAAUUAUUCGUCGCAUUAUUACUAAAGGGCAGGGGUAUUCCAAGCCUAAUGAAGGAUCUGUUGUUGAAGUAACUGUGGAGGGAAGCUUUGAGGGCCGCGUGUUUGACCAGAGAGAACUGAAGUUUGAGAUUGGAGAUGGUGAAACACUUGGCUUGCCGACUGGAGUGGAGAAAUCAAUCAUGGCUAUGGAACAGGAUGAGGAGGCUUGCUUCAUUAUUAAGCCCAAAUAUGGCUUUGGAAAAGCAGGAAAUGCAAACUACAACAUUCCUGGUGGAGCUACAUUGCAGUACAAGAUCAAACUAACCGCUUUCGAAAAGGCUAAGGAAUCGUGGGAGAUGAACACAUCAGAGAAACUGGAACAGAGUGUCAUUGUUAAAGAGAAGGGAACACAGUAUUUUAAGGAGGGAAAAUUCAAGCAAGCAUCAGUGCAGUAUAAAAGAAUUGUGUCAUGGUUGGAACAUGAAUCUGGUUUGUCAGAGGACGAUGAGAAAAAGUCUAAAGCUUUGCGACUGGCUGCUCAUCUGAACUUGGCGAUGUGCUUUCUUAAGCUACAAGAGCCAAACCAAGCUUUGGAAAACUGUGACAAGGCUUUGGAGUUGGAUGGCACGAGCGAGAAGGCAUUGUUCCGGAGGGGAGAAGCACUGUUUGGUAUGAAGGAGUUUGAGAAGGCGAGAGAUGACUUCCAGCGAGUUGUUCAGCUGUAUCCUGCAAACAAAGCUGCCAAGAGCCAGGUGGUUCUUUGUCACAAACACAUAAAGGAGCAACAUGAGAAGGACAAACGUGUCUAUGCAAACAUGUUCCAGAGGUUUGCAGACAUAGAUUCCAAGAAAGAGGCCGAGAGAAUGAAGAAUGAAAGCAAGGAGAACGGUGAAGCGAUGGAAGUCGAGAAUGGAGAAAAGGGAGGCGAUAGUGACGCAAAGUUAUAAGCGUUCCGAUGGCAAGGCAAUCGGCAUCUGUACUUAAGACUUUUGUAACUUCAGCCAUUUCUGUUUUAAAGUUUGUUUGUCGGAUUCAGCUGUUUGAGAUUAAGUUUGUCAGUAAGAACACUGACAGGGUGUGUCUUUUGUCUUUAGGCUUUGCUGUGGCAGCUGGCUAAGUGGGCGGGGCUUCUCUAGCUAAUGGCACAAUGAAGCACGGUUUUAAACGAGCUUUGUGCCUCUACCCCAACCCCGGAACCGUUUCACACCGUUGCUUUGUGCAUGUUUUCAUAGCAAGUUCUUUUGGGCGGGUGGGUAGGAAAUGUGCAGAAUCUCAACUUUACACCUGUCAAGGGCUAGACCAUACUACAGUGCUCUGUCCACCUCAUUCAUGAGCCUACAGAUCAAUUUCUGGUGGCUGUCUAUGUACAUUUGCUGUGCGAGUGUGAAAACAGUAGUGUUUCUGUCCCUGAAGUGUGUAUGUAGCGGCACUGUGGAUAAUCAGAAUAACAAGGCGUUAGCUGUGAAUAGCUGUGAGUUUACGCUUCUUUCUCGACAUUAAACGGGAGCUACUGUAGCUCCUCGGGUACAAGACUGUUUAGCUUUGCUUUGGAAAUACUGACUUUGUACUCCUUUCUGGUGUUGUGUUUGUAAUUUCUGUGGUGUUCUCAGAGUGAUGAAUUAACUGGAAUACACGUUAAAGCAGCUAUGAAUUAAACCAUUGAUUAGCUUCUCCAGAACGCAUUCACAUAAACUAUUAAGUCUUAACCUUCUUUUACUGUAAAGGGUAUUGCAUAAACUGCUCAAAGUCCAGGCUGUCCAAACUGCAGAAAAUGUGACAGUGUUGUGGCUGUAAGAGG